GGUUAUCUGACUUGGCAGUUCCGUUUGCUUGAAAUUGAUACGCCCCUCUCCACUCCUAUAUGUGAUUUGUGAAGCAAAUUAGGGCACUUCACCUCUGGGUCUGGGCACAGAGCGGAGCAAAGACAGCAGACUCCAAACUCUGAAGAGAGAAAACAGGAAAGAGAAAAAAAAAUCCAGUAGUUGAAGAAGAAAAGGAAAACAAGGAAAAAAAAAAGAGAUAAAGAGUAAAACAGGAAUAAUAAGAGAGGGAUUCUAGGAUUAUUUUCCGGAACCGCCAUGAAUGGCGAUGGCGGAGGAGAUGCAGCAGUUAAAAUGGAGGAGUCGAAAGAAGCUAUAGUCUUAAUGUGGGGUUACCUUCCCGGUGCUUCACCGCAGCGUUCGCCUCUUCUUUCUCCGGUCGUUGUUCGGCUUCCGGCAUCAACCGGCACCGGAGAUUCAUGGAAAGAUGUUUGUGGAGGUGGAUGUGGUUUUGCUAUAGCGAUUUCGGAAUCUGGAAAGCUCAUUACAUGGGGUUCAGCAGAUGAUCUCGGUCAAAGUUAUUUAACUUCGGGGAAGCACGGGGAAACUCCGGAGCCAUUUCCUCUUCCAACUGAUGCUUCAAUAGUGAAGGCUGCAGCAGGUUGGGCGCAUUGUGUUUCUGUUACAGACAAGGGAGAAGUCUACACAUGGGGUUGGAAAGAAUGUGUUCCCUCUGGAAAGGUCUUGGGAGAUCCAGCUGCUGGUGGAAACAUAGAAAAGGAGGUACUUGAAAGGCAGAGUUCAUUGUUGACUGAACAAGUGAGCCCAAAGUCUCAAGUUUCAAGAUCAGCUAGUGGAUCAGUGUCUGGUUUUGACAGUAGAGGAAGUAGUGAGGAAGGUACAAAGCGAAGGAGAAUAUCGUCAGCUAAACAAGCAACUGAAAGCUCAACAUCUGGCGAUGAAACUCUCUCAGCUUUGCCAUGUCUGGUGACACUAAGUCCAGGAGUGAGAAUAGCAACUGUUGCUGCAGGUGGGCGCCAUACCUUGGCGUUGUCAGUUUCAGAUGUAGGACAGGUGUGGGGUUGGGGCUAUGGAGGUGAAGGGCAGCUAGGCCUAGGCUCUCGUAUCCGCAUGGUGUCUUCUCCUCAUCCCGUACCUUGUCUUGAACCUUCUGCAUAUGGAAAGGAUAGGUCUUCAACAGUUCCACGAGGAACCAUGAGCUCUGAGGGGCAGCUGUAUAAAGUUCCUGGAAGUUACGUGAAGGGAAUUGCUUGUGGAGGCCGACACAGUGCAGUAAUAACAGAUGCUGGAGCACUACUUACUUUUGGUUGGGGACUUUAUGGGCAGUGUGGGCAGGGAAGUACAGAUGAUGAAUUGAGCCCAGCUUGUGUGUCAUCUCUUCUGGGCAUCCAGAUUGAGAGAGUUGCUGCUGGAUUGUGGCACACAGUUUGCAUUUCCAUUGGAGGUGAUGUAUAUGCAUUUGGAGGGAACCAGUUUGGACAGUUAGGAACAGGUGCUGAUCAAGCUGAGGUUCUUCCUAAGCUCUUGGAUGCCCCAAGUUUGGAGAACAGGAAUGCAAAAAUUGUUUCUUGUGGAGCUCGACACAGUGCUGUGAUCACAGAGGAUAGGAAGAUAUUUUGCUGGGGAUGGAACAAGUAUGGCCAGCUUGGAUUGGGCGACGUGAUUGAUCGCAAUGUUCCCUCUCAAGUCCCCCUAGAUUGCAUUCCAAAGAACGUGGCUUGUGGCUGGUGGCACACACUGGUGCUAGCUGAAUCACCAACUUGAGACACACUUACAUGCAAUGAAGCAAUGCAGUUUUGUUAGGAUAGUAAUUUCUUUUCUUGAUAAAUGUGGCUGCAUAUGUAUCUAUAUUAUAUGCAUGUAAAUACUAAUUUAGCAUAAGUGUGCAUGUAAUCAUUCUUUCAUGGUCGAGAAGACCAUGACUUCCAUCUUUGUCACCGUUGCGAGAAAGGAAUCGCUUCCGAGAUGUACAAUGUAAGAUAAAGUAUUGUGUAUAUCUUUAUUUUGAUACAAAACUUAUAAUAGAGUCCCUUGUAUCUAAUCCUAAAUGCCUUAAGAAACA